CUAAGAAGUAAGAAGGAUAAGGCCUUCCUGUUUCAAUUCAAUUUGGCUCCAUGACUCGCCUCUGCUCACUAGAAACUAUAAAGUAGAAACCAUCCUCGGCAAUAUUGUCGUUUUUGCACGGUGGUCCACUAGUCUUUUACCUUCUUCAACCCAUUUAACCUCUGAAGCAUCACCGUCACCGACAUUGGAGCACACCCUGUGAAUAUGCCUGCACAAUUUUUUUCCUUUCUCUUCCUUUUUAUUAAACAUUUUUUCUUCUUCGACAAAAUCGGCAUUUGUACUUUUUAUAGAGACUCUCCCUUAUGUUGUCGACAAAAAAAGCAACUUUACGGUCUCAGAUUUCGUUUCUCCAAUUUUUGGCUGUCGUAAUUCGUCUUCCUUCUUGCUAUUCAGUGGUGGUUGGGUGUGUUGGACGUUUCUGAUGUCAGUGAAGGUGGCGAUUUCGAAGGCGGCCAAUCAAUGGCGUCCGGCUUCCUCUCCUAUCCUCCAGGGGCGUUGUGGGUUGCUGACAGCUUUGGUUCUGGUUGGAAUGGUCGUGGUUUGGAGCAUUGAUGCCUGCACUGUCAACAGCUUCAUUCAUGCUUGGGGGUCUCGUCAAGAUUUGCCCUCUGUGACUGCCAGGAACGCUUAUAGGGAUUAUGGAAAACUUUACCAUAUCCCUAAAAGGCCUAUAGUCAAGGGGCAUUCAAGCUGGAUUUCUAGUGAACUUGAGCCAAUGACAUCAAAUCUUCUUGCUCGAUGGUCAGGUCGUGGAGGAGAGCCUUGCGAAUAUUCGAAGACAGUGGAAAUAGCAAUUCCUAGCCUGGACGAUGGGAAAGUAAUAGAGCUUUUGGCUGGGGAUGUUUAUGAGUUUGUCUUUCAAGCAUUGGAUGAUUCUGGAAAUCCUCGGUGUUCUGGCGGGGAUUACUUUGAGACUGAUCUGUCGGGCGAAUGGUGGAAAUCUCGACCUACGAUGAAGGAUUUCAACAACGGAUCCUACUCGAUUUCACUUCAAGUUCAUCCAGAUUUUGAUGGGGUUUACAAUCUCACUAUAAUUCUGCUCUAUAGACAGUUUGAAGGCCUGAAGAUGACGCCACGGAGAUUUGCUUAUGAUCAAGUGCUUCGCAAGUUUGCCAUCAGAUUCUACAGGAGUAGUGCUCAAUUACCAGAACUAGAGACGUGCAAAAAAUCAGACUUUACUAGGGAUGUCUGGAGCGGAAGGUGGACAAGGCACGGUAAGAAUGAUGACUGUGAAAUAAGUAAUGAUGGUAGGUACCGAUGCCUAGAACCGGAUUUUCCUUGCAAAACUCCAUGGUGUAAUGGUUCUUUGGGGAUUCUGGAGAGCAAUGGUUGGGUGUACUCAGCACACUGCUCAUUCAAAAUGUUUUCAGCUGAUUCUGCUUGGAAUUGCUUGAAGAAUCGGUGGAUUUUCUUCUGGGGCGAUUCAAAUCACGUUGACACCGUACGUAAUUUGCUCAAUUUCAUUCUUGAUUUGCCUCAAAUACGUUCUGUCCCUAGGAGAUUUGAUAUGAACUUUUCGAACCCAAAAGACCAGUCUCAAACAGUUAGGAUUACGAGCAUCUUCAAUGGACAUUGGAAUGAGACACAAAACUAUCUAGGAUUGGAAUCGCUGAGAGAUGAAGGGUUUCAGAAUUUGCUGAAGAAGUACUUCUCUGAAGAUACAGUCCCAGACACCGUGAUCAUGAACUCUGGCUUGCACGAUGGUGUUCGUUGCCGUACUGUGAGAGCAUUUUCUGCUGAAGCAGAGAAUGCAGCCUCAUUUUGGGCAGAUGUUAUGAAGCAGGUGAGGCAAAGAGGAUUGGUAUGGCCAAAGGUCUUUUACAGGGCCACAGUUGCAACUGGUGGACACGCGAGAACACAAGUAUUCAAUCCUAACAAGAUGGAGGUGUUCAAUCAUGUAUUAUUGGAGAAACUGAAGAAAGCUGGGGUUGUCUCUGGCGUGAUUGAUAACUUCGAUAUCACAUUUCCAUGGCAUUUUGAUAAUCGAUGCAGUGAUGGGGUUCACUAUGGAAGGCCUCCGGCGAAGAUGAGGUGGCGAGAUGGCCUCAUAGGGCAUCAAUAUUUUGUGGACGUCAUGUUAGCUCAUGUUCUGCUUAAUGCUAUGUGUGCAAGAUAGGCAUGAAGGUUUGAGUCAUAAGAGAUGGCCAUUCCUUAUUCUUUCCCUACGAGUUUGGAUCCUUAUGAUUUAUUAAUUAGGCUUGGUAUUCUUUCUUGUUCAUAAUCUUGUUAGCAAAUUUUCUUCAUACGUACGGUUGUUGCACUUGUAGAUUAGCAGAGGUUUUUGAACUCUUUGGAACACAUUAUUACUAUUUUUAUUUAUCAUCAAUGAAGUUCAAAUGUUAUUCUUCA